AUGAAUUCACCUUUUUUAAGAACUGAAAGUCCAACACCUUUGGGCAGUUUAUCACAAUUAACCAACUCGAGACCACUUCACCCAACACGAUGCAUUCACACAAUUUCACAAGAAGACAGAAACUCUGUCUUAUCCCUUGUAGCCAGUAAACGCUAUUUGUUCAGUGGAAGUCAAAGUUCUCAGAUCCACGUUUGGGAUCUUUUAACUUUUACUUUGGUCACUAUUUUAAAAGGUCAUCGUGGUAGUGUUUUAGGUUUAAAUUUAUCCGAAGACGAACAAUAUUUAUUCAGUAGUUCUGGUGAUGGUACUGUCAGAGUUUGGAACACAGAAACAUUAAAAUGCGCUUAUCUCAUCCAAUCAUGUCACGACGUCGGUGACAUCUUUUCUGUUGUCUAUUCUGACACCACCAACAAAAUCUAUUUCGGUAGCCAAAACACCAGCAUUCAAUGGUACGAUUUCGCCGAUCCACAAACACACGGCUCCAAUACAGAUAUUUCAAUCGUUCCCAAUUCACCUCGUAAAGUUGGAACCAUCAAUUUCUUCGAGGAUGGGGAAGGUCAUGACGAGGAGGAUCGAUUACAGGCCGAAUUAGACAGAGAUGUCAUUAAAUGUGUUAUCCGUGAAAAAAACGUAUGCAGUAAUGCACAUGACGGUUAUUUGUAUUGUUUAUUGCAUGCAAAGGAUAUUCCCAACAUGGAAGGUGAAGUCCUUAUCAGUGGUUCCGGUGAUGGCGAUGUCAAAAUUUGGGCUAUCCAACCGGACGGCAUCAAAUUAGUUCACAUAUUAAAGGGUAACCCAGACAAGGGAGUGUUAUGUCUAGCAUUAUCAGAGGAUGGUUAUCUGUUCUGUGGUGUUCAAGGUGGCGAUGUUCAAAUUUGGGAUUUAGAGACGCAUCAAAUGAUUCGAUCUGUCAUGGCUCAUACGGAUGAUGUAUUGGCCGUAUCUAUUAAAGGUCCUGGAUUUGUGAGUGCUUCGGCUGAUGGAUCCAUCAAGAUCUGGAGUGAAGGAUUUCAAUUUAGAGAAAGUUUAUGUGACCAUGAAGGCAUUGUCUUGUCCUUGACGACGUCUGGAAAUUAUUUGAUCUCGGGCAGUAAUGAUCAUUCAAUCAAAUUUUGGGAUUUGCCCUGUUUCACAAACACAUCUUUUGAGCCCUUCAGAAGACCAAGUGCUGGAUUACAAGAUGCUCCCUCAUCCAACGAUACCAUGUUGUAUGUUCUGGAGAAAUGGAUCGCUAUGCGUACAGUCAGUGGAAACCCUAAAUAUAUGGAAGAGUGUAGAAGGGGUGCACGUUUCCUCAAGAAUAUUCUUCAACAAUUAGGUGCGGUCAGUCGUAUGAUUCCUGGUGCUUGUGGACGUAAUCCUCUGGUGUAUGGUAAAUUUAUUGGUAAACAUCGAUCCAAUGAUAAAUCUGUCCCCACUGUCCUGAUCUAUGGCCAUUAUGAUGUAAUUGCAGCGGAAAAUGAAAAUAAUUUGUGGGGUACAGAUCCAUUCAACAUGACAGGUAAAAAUGGUUAUCUGUAUGGUCGCGGUACAAGUGAUAACAAGGGGCCAAUCCUUGCAUCGAUUUUUGCUGUGAACGAGUUGUUAAAGGAAGGUCUUUUGGAUGUCAAUGUCAUCUUUUUAAUUGAAGGUGAAGAGGAAAGUGGCAGUGUUGGAUUUUAUGAAGCAGUAAACCAAAACAAGGAACUCUUUCAGGAUGUGGAUAUGGUUUUAUUAAGUAAUUCUUAUUGGCUUGGCGAAGAUGUACCUUGUAUUACAUAUGGCCUAAGAGGUGUUAUUCACGCAACAGUAUCCAUUAGUAAUAAGCGUGCCGAUCUUCAUUCUGGUGUAGAGGGAGGGGCUGUUUCUGAACCCUUGAUAGACCUGAUCCACGUAUUAGGAAAACUAGUAGACAAUAACAAGAAAGUUCUCAUUCCAGGUUUUUAUGAUAACGUAAGCCCUAUAACGGAAGCUGAAGAGAAAUUGUAUGAUCCUAUUGUUGAAUGGAUGCAAACAUCGGAAACAGCACGGUCCAGUACACGAGCCCAUCACUCAACCAUUGCCUCACCCAAUACAUGCUCACCUGAUUGUGGUAACGAAACCCAGUGCAAGAUAUUGGCCUCAGACAAUGAAAUGCUGGAUGCAGACAAGUUAAAGCAGCAAUUGAUGGCACGAUGGAGAUAUCCUACCUUGACAGUACACAAGAUUGAUGUAUCUAUCAACAACCCCACCAUUAUUCCACGUAACGCAAAGGCAGCCGUGAGUAUGCGUGUUGUCCCUGACCAGACUAUCACAGAUAUUUGUGCCCAGUUUGAGCAAUAUGUCAAAAAUGUGUUUGCUCAAUGUAACUCGGAUAAUCGAAUCUCAAUUACCAUUGAGAGUGCAGCCGAAUAUUGGCUAGGAGAUUUGAAGAGCAAAUACUUUAAGGCGGUUGAAAAUGCUAUAGCAGAUGAAUGGAAUAUGAAGCCAUUGUAUAUUCGAGAAGGUGGAUCGAUUCCUGCCGUGCGUUGGCUUGAAAAAUUCUGUAAUGCACCUGCUAUCCAUAUCCCAUUCGGACAGUCUUCGGAUCAGGCGCAUUUGCACAACGAGCGUAUUCGACUUUUGAAUCUUCAUGCAGGAAGACGUAUUGUGAAAAGUUUGCUUACUGCUUUGCCCAAUUUACAAGAUUAG